AUGCGUGAGUUUUCAAAGCUUUGUCCGUACACAGACACCUGCUAUACAAAUGUUUCAUCACAAGAGGAGCUGAUGUUUCUUGGAAUGAACGGAUGUUGUGAUGCGUGUAGAUGUGAUCCUCAGUGUGGAUUAGACUGUUGUCCAGACAUGUAUCUCAAGAACAAAAAAGAUUUGUCUAAAACUAAAGAAGUACAAUGUGUUGAUGCACAAUAUAGACCAUAUAGUGUGGCUGUAGUAAAUGGACAUUCUUUUGAAAUGAUUUCAAGAUGUCCAUCCACAGUUAAAGAUGACAAAAUUGCAGCGAAAUGUGCACGCGAAUACCACGAUGUGCCAUUUGAUGAAUCAUUUGGACUCUUUCUUCCUGUUCUUGACCAUCUUUCUGGCUUGAUUUACAAAAAUAGUUUCUGUGCCAGGUGUCAUUUUCAAAUAGGCGACGGCGAUACAAAGUAUAGUUUUCUCUCACUUCUCAAUUGGAACAAAGUCGAAGACGAAAAAGAAUACCUAGAAGACAUAAAACAUAAUCAGGGCUCAAAUGACAAAUGUCUCCGGGACAAAAUCUUUGACCCCUUAAAGAGAGACGAAUGGCCUCUACUUUGUACACAAGGAAUGAUGGAAAUAGAUAAAAUGUGCUUACCUCCCUUUAAUGAAACACCGUAUACAAUAAUGAUUGCAAUUAACAUCAUUCUGGAACCAAUGAAUGGUCUACUGAACGGAGACUAUUUUACGUUGAAUGACAUAAUAUCUACCAUUUAUGACGAAACGAAACUUAAAAUGGCAACGCUACUCUCGAGGGACACAACGAUCCACUCUAUCAAAGGAGCUUUACAAUUCAAAGCAGACGGCGAGAAAACAAAUUUUGAUGAAGGACAUGCUUUUAAAUGGCAAAAUCUUAAAAGUAUCACUGUACAAACAAAAUUUCUCAUUGACGAUCCAAAAAACGAAUUACUUAUUACAAUACUUGACUUUGCGCUUGGUUUUACGAAUAUCUCAAACUACAAUGGUGCAUUUAAAUCUAAGUUCAAUCACAUAUCCCAUUUGGAUGUAAACGAACAAAUUUCAAAUAAUAGUUGCUCGAUGGAUCUAAAUAGGCCUCAUUAUCAGAUAUGUGUGGCUCAAUCUGAUGUGGGAGAAAAAGAUUUACAUUUUGAAUUGAUUCGUUACCGACAGGAAUUAUCUUUUACCUCAUUUAGAUUAAUCGUUCUUGAACCAGAACCGUUUUGUCCAAGAGUUGUUCUGUCAAAACAAACUUACAUUUCUUGCAACGAGUCGCAGUUUAUAUCAAAACUCUACACACAAGAUUUUGUGUCCAAAACACUUUCUGAAAAUGAAACACAUCUGCUUUUUUGUCAUGAAGACUACUUUAAACAUCUAAGUAGUCUACGAUCAGAAAUAGACAUCUUUGGAGAAAACGAUGGCUUUUAUAGUUCUGGACAAGCUUUAGCUGUCUUGACCAUUGCUUGUUUAAUUUUAUCGAUAAUAUCACUAGGUUUUACACUUGUUGUAUAUGCUGUUUAUCCAGUGCUACGCUCUUUACCUGGAUUAAUAAAUAUGGCAUUAGUUACAAGCCUAAUCGUCUUCCAGUUAGUAUCAUUUGUUCGCACUGUUGCAAAUAUUAACAUAAGCUGGCUUUGUACUUUAAUCGGAGCUUUCACCCACUUUUCAUUUAUUUUGUCUUUUGCAUGGAUGUUUGUUUGUACGUUUCAUAUGUUUAAGGUAUUUGUUUAUAUCAGGAACCGUUCAGUCGACAGGAAUGAAUUCCGAAAAUUUAUUUCUUAUUGUUUAUUUACAUCUAGUGUUGCAGUUUCUCUGGUGGUCAUUACAAUUGUAAUAUCCGUCGUAAGAUCUGAUGGCGAAGACACAGGCUAUGGGGGCAUAAUCUGUUAUAUUAAGGACUCUACACUAAUACUUUGUCUAGUUGCUCUUCCCAUUGCUCUUGUGAUUCUUAUGAACAUUGCAAUGUUCUGUGUUGUGGUUUAUAAAAUACAAAAACACCCAAUGUUGGCUUCAUCCAAUCCCAAAGAACGUCAAAAUAUCACAGUAUUUGCCAAAUUAUCAACAAUAACUGGAAUGACUUGGAUAUUUGGGUUCAUUUAUACUUUUACUCAGAUAGAAACGUUUGCAUUUAUAUUCAUCAUACUGAAUGCUGGACAAGGAUUAUUCAUAAUGCUUUCAUUUGUUUGCAACGGACGUGUUCUUGAUAUGGUAUGCAAAAGAAAAUUAAGGAGGUCAACGACAAGACAGACAACUGGUACCACUGAUGUCUAAAAGAGAUUUCCUCCGUGUUAUUUGUUUAAACAUUCUGAACUUAAAGAUUGUGCUUUACAUCCAUGUACUUAACUCUGGUGAUGAAAUAAAAACUAAUAUUUAUUUAAUAGAUAAGAAACCUUUAGUUUUGUUGAAAUUUAUUUGAUUCUUUCCUUUUAUCAACCAACUUAUGACUGGUACAAUUCAAAUACGUAAAGGCUUUAAAACAUAUUUGAAUAGAAUCAUCAGAAUUAUUUAAAUAACUGACAAUGGAAAUUGAUGUACCAAUUGCUUAAAUAAAAUAUACGAGGGUGCAUCAAUAAAUUCGUAAACUUAAACUAAUUCAAUAGCGGGGAAAUGAUUUAAUUCAAGUACCUAAAAUGAUUACUCCUUCUCAAAGUAACGUUCUAUGCAUGAUGUGCACUUGUCCCAUCUCUCGACCCAUUACUCGAACACGUGUUGUAGCCUGUCACUUGAAAUCUCCCGCAGCUGUCUGCCCACGGCACACCUCAGUUCCUAUCUUGACUCAAUUCGUACCACGAAGACUGUUCUUUUUUUUAAAUUGGAAACAGCCAGAAGUCAUAAAUUGCUAGGUCCGGGCUGUAGGAUGGUUGCGGUAACAGUUCGACGUUGGGUUUUUCUAGUGUAUCCAUGGCAACGUGGCUUGAAUGGCUCGACGCGUUGUCGUGAUGUAAUAUGAAUCCGGACCUAAGUAGAUGUGGUUACUUUGUCCUUAUUGCCGACAUGAGUUCCGUUUUAAGUAAUGUUGCAUAAUAGUUCCAAGUGACUGUCGUUUUCGGAGGAACAAAGUGGUUUAGCACUACACCGCAUGUAUCACAGAAUAUAAUGGCCAUAAACUUCCCGGCUGACUUGGAAAUUAUCGCUUUUGUAGGGGAAGGCGAGGAAGGAUGGUUCUAGACAAUACUCUGACGUAUCUAGUUCAAAAAAGUGAAUACACGUUUGACCACAUGUUAUCACUCGAUUUAGAAAUUAAUCGCCUUCUUCACGAAACCUCCUGUCGUACUGCUGACACAUUUUCACCCUUACCCCCAUCUUCUCUGACGUCAAUAAACGAUGCACCCAUCUUGUUGAAACGCGGCGCAUUCCCCAUCUAUCACUUAUAAUGCCCUGAGCUGUACCAUAUGAAAUAGCGAACUUAUCUGCUACGUGCUCCACACUUAAUCGUCUAUCUCGGAGUAUGUACUCCUGAAUGGCAGCCACUGUUUCUUCAUCUGUUACAGUCACUGGUCUACCUGCACGACUGUCGUCUUCAGUUGCCUCUCUACUGUCUUUAAACCGCUUCAUUCACUUUGCAAUGGACCCUUUUGACAGAGCAGCCUCUCCAUAAACGUUUUGCAAAUCUUCACGAAUAUCGGAAAAAGACUUUCCGAGUUUUGUGUAAAACUUUAUAACGAUGCACUGUUCGUUGACGCUGUGUGACGCCAUUUUCGAACAGACGCCCGUAACGUGACGUCAUUUACGGUUUAUGACGUCAUAAGUGAUGACGUCAAAGUUGUGUACAUAGUACGAUUCAAUUUGAAAUAAUCUGUUUUCACAGCAUUUAAAGUUUCAUUUUAAACGGACCAGUAGUUUUGACGCUAUUGAAUUAGUUUACGAAUUUAUUGAUGCACCCUCGUAUAUGUACGUUUCAUAUGUACUAGAACAGGCAUUUGCAUCACCGAGAAUUUCAGAAAAAAUGAUGAUUUGAUCUUUGUGUAGAUACACUAGGCUUAAAACCAAACAAGUCGUUGAAAUCUUUGUCAACUGUAUUUGCUUAGAAAAUCAUAGUAGUAAUUAACCAUGGAAAAAUAUGAUGAACAUACGACAUAACUUUACUAUGAUCAUUACCACGUUGCUAUGAUUAUAUCUGUUUAUUUAAAAAGAAUACUGAUAUAUGAAAUGUUUGGGUGUAUAUAUAUGUAUAUCUUGUUUUUAUGUGUGUUGUAUUUCAAGAUCUUUAUAUGUUUAGUUGAAAUUAUAGACUUUUCAGAAAUUCAAAAAUAUGUUUUGCUGUUGAUGUAAACAAACAAUGGAUGUAUAUUAUUUAUAUAUGGUCGCGUGUGUUGUCAUUUUGUACUUCAUAAGACUAAUAUGAACAGACAUUUGUUUGUACUCGAUAACUAUUCACCCAAAAAUAUUGUAUUUUGCGUAGAAUGUGUAUGCAAAGGCUGAUGUGAUAUACAAUGUAGAAAGAAAGAACUAAUUGAGAGAAAAUUUUAUAACAGGCUCAUGUGUAAGUUAAUUUUGUAUGUUUUUUGUAUGCAUUGUUAUAAUUGUUAUUGUAGAAAACGUAUAUAACAUUCGUUCCUCACCUAGAUCAAUUCUUAUUUUGUAUGAAAAUAUGAGCCAUGUACAUGUAUGAAUGACUUUGUACAUAUUCAUUGAAUAUUUAUUUUUUUAUUUUCUCAGACAAAACACAAAGAUGUGGCUUUGUCUGUUUUCCAACGUACAACGUAAUUGUAAUACCUAGAUACAUUUUGGACUAGAAUACUCUUACACUGUCUUAAUUUAGUUCAUUUAGAAAGAUAAGUACAAUAAUGCUACAUACGUUACUUAUUCAUUUAGCAUUACUGAUUAAGGGAGGUAAAUGCUGAAAGAUUCUUUGUAAAAUUACAUCAGUUAUUAUCCUUUAUGUGAAUUCGUUUGUGUCCUGAUCGCUGAUUUUUUUCUCUUUUUGUUUUUUUCUUCAUUUAUUUGGUAGCACAAUUAAAACCCCACAAAAUAGAAAAAUGCAUUCUAGUCAAUAUUUAUGAUAGACAUAUUCUUAUUUAAGGAUAAACCUAAACAUUUAACAUUUCUAUAUAAUUACCAGCCUCGGUAAAUUUUCUCACAAUUGAUACAUUUGCUGUAUGACAAGUACAUUAACUUUAAAUAUGUUAGGGUAUUUCCAAAAAUAUUUGCCAUUGUAGUAUUUAGUUUUAAGUUUUUACAUACUCUAAACUCAAGUUUUAAACUGAAAUUCGACGUCGAGAAUAUUGCAUACGUAACAUUUUCUUUCAUUUCUUGGUAAUUAUUUUGGUUUGUGUUUUUGAAUAAAAAAAUGAAUAAGAAUUAAACACAACAAAGAACAACGUAUCUUCUGACAUCCGUUUAAUUAAAUUAGUAAAUAUCUUUUCGUAACCUUCACUCAUAAGCAAACAUGGUUAACACCUAAACUUUUUCAGAAAUAUUUUAAAGAUUUUGCACAAUUUUUAUUUGGUUUAUUUUGAAUAUCACAUAAAUUUAUUUAAUUCUUCUUAACAUCCUUACUGUCAUCUAUAUGUGAGAUACGAAUGGAAAUCCUUUGUACAAAAUAAGAUUUCUUGCAUAUGUUACUAACGUUUCCGAAAAUCCUGUACAGGA